AUCCCCUUUCGGAGCUAUUGCCAUACCUGUUGCCUUUCCCAAGCACUCUCAUAAUGACACUUCACGACCCUUUCCAGGAUCCGGCCACUUGUAUAUAUCAUUUUAUUGUUAUCUUGCACUUUCCGAUAGCACAUCCGUUCAUCGCAUCCUUGCUACGCAGACCCGGACACCGAAACGCGACCAUGUCCGCGUUCAACCCCCAAGCUUCCCAGAGCGGUCAGGGUAGCAACUUGAUUGCACUCUCGAUUCUCGAGGUCUCUGCAAGACGGCCAGAUAGUGAGUGUUGAAUUCAGCGACACCCACUUUCUUCCACAGGAACAACUCCGCUACUUGUUCCCAGACCCGCUUACGGGAACGUAACAUGGCCGACCGUACGCCAUCCAGAGGUGUUCGAACGAGUCGACUACAAGGCAAACCGUAUGACCGGCCAGACUCGGUCGGCAACAGCGCAGCCAGUAGUAGAAAUGGUACUCCUGUUCCGCAGCACCGUGGAUUCUUGAGCUCGGUCGCGGACAUGCUCUUCUCGCCCUUCGGAACGAAAUCGAAUGGCCGCAAAAGGGACCAUGGAGACGGACAAGAUGUUGAACAAGCCGGAUCACUAGGUCAAGAUCGUAUCCGAUCCGGCCAUCAAAGCGGUCGCGAGAAGCAGCAAGACGGGAUGGAUGUGGAUGAAGAUGACCUCAGCUCCGAUGCAAAGGUAUCGGAUGGCCCAAUUCAGCCUAUCCGAGAAACUCUAGCUUCCUUCGCCCCGGUUGAUCCCUUGCGAUCCAUCCACCUGAUCAAUGACUUCAACCAAGCGAAGAAAGCUCUGGACCAGCAGACGACAAGGGAUGAGAGGAGGGCAAUCGAAGAGCUGAUUCGACGGGCGGAUACGGACUCUCCUGUUAAGCCUCAGGCUCAUGGACUCCGGGAAGCUGCUUCGUCGGCGACCCUGAGGAGCCCGAGCAGACUGGCACGAAGCCGAGUCCUCGCUAGGGAUAGCGGCCUGAGUAAGAGUUCUUCUAUGAACUUUUCCAGUCUGCAGCAGCAGGAUAGCAAACCCGCGACACCGUUGAGAAAAACUUGGAAAGCUGAAGAUGACGAAGAACCAUCUCCUCCUGGGCGAUAUGGCAGGAAGCCUUCUCGACCUGAGGGGCUUCCCGGAUCAUCAGUGCCGCCAGUACCAGCUCUUCCCGUAUCGCCAUAUCCGUCCGGGCUGCCUGGAUCCUCAUUACGGACAUCGACCUCGCGCUACUCUUUAGCCCGGCCAGCAGUUGCCAGCCGGUUUUCAGCGCAGAGGAGUAGCGGUCUAUCGAAGUCGCAGUCGAUGUUCAGCUUACCUAAAGCCUCGGGCAGCGCCCUGAGUUUCCCUGCUGCUGAAGGGGAAAGCACUUUGGUAGGUGCCACGAAGCCAAGCGUCAUUUCCGACGAAGGUACAGCAAUCACGGCACAGAAGACGCCGAAGCAACCAAUGCAAAAGACUGCUGCGGCGCAAGAAUUGGAGGAUCUGCUCAAGCAGGCUGACGAAGAGGAAGGACGAAAGUCUGAACCUGUGGCACCGGUAAUAAAUCCGUACGAGCAUUAUCGUUUCAAUGUCGGAGCGAGCUCGCCACGGAAGAGAAAUACCGCGACCGAGAAGAGAACCGGUGGGCUGGCUGGAAGACGAGCUCUCCUAGCAGCGGCAGAAAAGAAGGAGAAAGAAAGAGCCAAAGACACCGAGAUGACGGAUCUUGACCUGAUCAAGGAGAACAUGGCUGACAAAAGCGGCAAGAGACGAAGGGUCAAAGAUAGUUCGAGCCCCGAGAUCCAAGCGAUCGAGCCAGUGAGAUCCACGGCUGGCAAUAAACAGGACACGACGGCAAAUGACAAGCAAGCUCGAGAUGUCCCUGGUGAUGACGAGAAUAUGGGAGUACAGACGGCGCCGUCCAAGUCUGCAUUCUCGUUCAGCAUGCCGUCCAAGACCGCAGAGCAAACAAAGUCUACGGCCGCGCCUACUUCGUCUUUCACCUUUGCAAGACCGGCCCAUGUUGCACCGACUGAGGGCAAAAACAACGCGCUCGACAUCAUUAUGGCCAAUGCCGGUUCCAGUCCUUCUUCAUCCUCCAAGCUUACACCGGCCGUCUUUUCAACUUUGCCCUCACUGAAAACACCCCUUCCGACCUCGAAGGGGAACAAGCCGAUCGGCGAGAACAUCGAUAAGCGAUCCGUACACGACCGGGCGGCAAGUGUUGAGGCAGGUGUUCUGCCAGUCUUUGUCUUCAAAUGCCUUGCGAACGUACCCAGCCUUGCGGCCGGGACUUCUUUUGCGGCUCAACAAAAGGCCAGAGCAGUCGAUAGCUCUGAGCUACCCUCGUACAGCUUCGGAGGAGAUGCCAAGCAGGCGCUGGGGACUCUGAAGCAGACGCCGGCUGCGGCGCCACCUGUCACAGCUACUCCCAUUGCUACCGGCUUCACUGGCUGGGGGGCUAGCCCAGGAAUAUCGGUCGUCAAGGCUAACGAUACCUGGACAUGUAGCGAAUGUUUCUUGCAAUCCAAGGGCACCAGUACCGCUUGCGACAUUUGCGAACAUCCUCGACCUGGGCAAGCUCUUGCCUCCAAACCUGUCGCGACAGGAGGUUUCACUGGCUGGGGUGCCAACUUUAACCCCACGCCUACUGCUACUUCGGGAGGAGACUGGACCUGCGGCCUAUGUGGCUGCAAGUCCAAGGCGACGAGCACUCAGUGUGACGUCUGCGAGACAAAGAGAUCCUAA